AUGGUGAGUGGCUGGACGCGUCUCGUGAACGAAAAGAAGAUUCUAGGGCUUCAGGGAAACCAGUCGUCGGAGCAAGCAAUUCCCUUCACCGGAGACGACGGAAGAGAAGACCAAAAACGAGAAGGAGAAAGGCACAAUCACAGGAGUGCUCUUCUCAUGCUUCUGCUCCAAGAGGAGUAAUUAUUCUCACCCAGAACUUGAGAGAUGAGGGUUAAUCCUGGAUUCUCUCCUGGGUGUAAGUAGAAAGGGCUGGCAGGUUGGUCUGUGGUAUCCAUGGUGGAAGGGAACAAGAAAUAAUGCAAGAAACUAUGCAAGAAUCAUCAGAAAAUGAAAACUGGACAGCGGAAGUGAGAUGGGUAUGAUUUGUGCUCUUGAUACCAUAAAGAGAAUGGGCCAGACUGAUAAAAGACAGGCCCAAAGGCCUUUAACCCAAAACGCAAAAAUACUCCUGCAUAGAUGCCUCGCAAUAUGGUGAGUGGCUGGACGCGUCUCGUGAACGAAAAGAAGAUUCUAGGGCUUCAGGGAAACCAAUCGUCGGAGCAAGCAAUUCCCUUCACCGGAGACGACGGAAGAGAAGACCAAAAACGAGAAGGAGAAAGGCACAAUCACAGAAUCCCUAUUGAAGUCUUGCAAAAAGCAUUGUGAGAGAGUUCGUUGGUUGCCCUACAUUGCUUCGCUGUCGUUUUGCCGGCCAAAACACGACAAUUGUUGCCGUUUCACUAUCUGCUUUGGACAUUCUUUUCUUCUCUCUCAGUUUGAUUUGAUAAUUCACGAUGAACGAUCUUCUCACUGAUUCAUUUGUUGGUGAGGCUGGUAAUGGCCAGCCUUCUAGAGAAAGUGACAUUGAAAUGGGACAUGCUCCGAGAAGCAACUCUGAUAUGGGAAUGGAAGCUUUUAAUAAGCAGAUCCAUGAGGUUGAUAAACAGAUCGAUAAGCUGGCGGUGCUGCUUCAAAAGCUAAAGGAAGCUAAUGAGGAAUCGAAAGCUGUUACAAAAGCAUCUGCCAUGAAAGGUAUCAAGAAGAGGAUGGAGAAAGAUAUUGAUGAAGUUGGAAAGAUUGCUCAUGGUGUCAAAACAAAGAUAGAGGCUAUAAACAAAGAUAAUCUAUCCAAUAGACAAAAGCCCGGCUGUGAGAAGGGAACAGGUAUAGACAGAGCAAGGAUGAAUAUGACAAAUUCCUUGACUAAAAAGUUCAAGGAUCUCAUGACAGAGUUCCAGACUCUUAGACAGAGAAUACAAGAUGAAUAUCGUGAGGUUGUGGAGAGAAGAGUUAUAACAGUUACUGGAACUAGGCCAGAUGAUGAGACAAUUGAUCACCUGAUAGAAACUGGAAACAGUGAGCAAAUCUUCCAGAGAGCAAUUCUAGAAGCAGGCAGAGGACAGGUAGUAAACACAGUAGAGGAAAUUCAGGAGAGGCAUGAUGCUGUGAAAGAGAUUGAGAAAAAACUUCUUGAUUUACACCAGAUUUACCUUGACAUGGCAGUGUUAGUUGACGCUCAAGGAGAAAUUCUGGAUAACAUUGAAAGUCAGGUCAACAACGCAGUCGAUCAUGUCCAGAGAGGGACAACUGCACUUCAAAAUGCUAAGAAACUGCAGAAGAACUCACGAAAAUGGAUGUGCAUUGCCAUCAUUAUACUGUUGAUAAUAGUAGCUAUCAUAGUUGUGGGUGUUCUCAAACCUUGGAAGAGUAGCUAGUGCACUUGAGUGUGUGGCCUUGUACCCUUUUGUCCAUAACAUAUGCAUUUGUGUCAAAAGAACAUCUUAGAGCAGAAUUUUUAGCCCUCUUUUAUAUUGUAUGAUCCAGAUGUUAUGUUUGUUUUGUGUGGUGUGACUGAUUUCUGGAUACAUUCAUUGUGGUGUCUCAUGAUAUAAAUUCAUAUUCUUUGUAGCCCCAAAGGUUUAUCAUGAUCAUGGUCUUUUGUUUCCUUUUAUUAUUAUUCUAUAAAGCUGUUUCUCUGUCACUGUCUAGUUGUAAUCUUGCAUUGAUAUUCUUCUUGGAAAGAAAACACAUCCAUAGAGAACACUCAUCAGUGCUUCCUAGUUCUCAUUUUUGUCAGCUGGUUUAACAAUUUUAUUAGCGUACGUAAUAACCUUUGUAUAAACGUGAGACAAGGUGCACAUAAAUUGGUGAAAUCCUGUGGAAAUAUUUCUGCUGAUUUUAUGCUCUACACAUAAUGUCAGUGUAGCUUCAAUAGGUAUUUCAAAAAUAAAGGCUCACUUUCUGAUAUAUUUGCUUCUUCAAUUCACACUACCAUCUUAUUUCUUACUCCAUUUCUUUGUUGGUUGUUAUGUAUCUUCAUUAUCUUCUUUUUCUUCAUAUAAUAAUAAUAAUAAUAAUAAUGAUUUUUGUUAGAAAUAUUAUUAUUAUUAUAGGCACUUACGUGCAUAUCGAUAUACAUUAUCCUCUAUAUCUAUAAAUUUGAAAAGCUAGCUGGCUACUUUAUGAGCUCUUUUCGUAUUCAAUUUCAAUGAUAUUUUAUUCUAUCAUGCACUUAUGAAUUACAUUAUUCCUCUGAACAACUAUUUUUAUUGUUCUUAGGAAAAAUCUGCCAGGAUUUUUCUUCGUCUUUAUUUAAAUUUCUUUACCUCUUCAUGAUUUCUUUAUCUUUCCUUGAUUCCUUCAUUUUUUUUAUUUAAUCUAAUUUGUCUCUUAUAAAGUCAUCUUUGUUCCUUUUCAUUUGGGUACUGAUUUAAAUUGAUGUAUCACUGUUUUAAUUAUUUAUUUAAUUUUUAUUUUUAUUUAAUUUCUUACCUAACCUAGUUUUAAUUUAUUUCAUGAUCUUGACCACAUUGAUUAUGCCUUGAAACUAAUUAAAACGUAGACAUUAUUGAAAUUUUAUUAUUUUUAUUUACUAACAAUUAUUAUAGUUAGACAUAUUUCUUUAUCUUUCCUUUAUUCCUUCUUUUUUUAUUAUUUAAUCUAAUUUGUCUCUCUUAUAUCACUUUUUUUUUUUAAUUUCCUAAAGAUAAAUCAUCUUUGUUCCUUUUCAUUUGGGUACUGAUUUAAAUUGAUGUAUCACUAUUUUAAUUGUAAUGCAUUUCAAUAUGAAUUUUAUUUGAAUUUCAAAAGAAAAUGCAUCUGUAAGAAUUCUUAGUUAGCUCUUGAACUCUUGCUUGAUCAUCUGCAGAAUUACUUUUAAUUACUAAGUUAAUAAUUUGAGUAAGUGAUUACAUGAUUAUUUUACUAAUUUUUUUCCUCCUCAUGCCUUUGAAUACCAAAAAUUGAGAGGGUGAGAAUGAAAUACGGUAUUUUCCUACAUAACAUGUUUAUGCCUUUUAGAGUAGAAGAACAAAAAGGUGAGUUAAAAUAUAUAAAAAAUGGUUAAAUAUAUUUUUCUUUUCUAAAUUAUUAUAAAAAAUUUCAACUAACAUUAAAGAUUAUAUUAUAAUCCACUGUGAAAUUUCAUGACAUGAGACUUCAGAUAUAAUUUGUUAGAGAAGAUAUUUUAGAUAACUUUUAUAAAGAAUAAAACAAUUUUUUGUAAUAAUUUGAAACAAAAAUAAAAAAACCUAUUUAGUUGAAGAUAUUUAGGUAAAGAGAAAUGGUAAAAGUAGUAGAAUGAAAAUAAAAGAGACACUUCAGUAAUGUAUUUGGGUGCGUUAGGCUGAGGAGUGGAUCGAGGAAUAGAAAAUUUUCACCCACUAGGUGGGAUUGAAUGGUCUCAGGGAUUUUAAAUUGCUUUCAACUGUGAAAAAUAUUUUAUGAAAAAAUUUUAAUUUUUCAUAAAAUAAUAAUUAUUAUAAUGACUUACACUUUCCAUUUGUUUCUUUUUAUUCCUUUUAGGACAAAACUUACAGGAUAUUGUAGGUAUUGUUGUUCAAUAAUAUUUAUAGUUUUAGUUUUAGAUAUAUAGAUUGUGCCAUGUAAGCACGAGAAGUUUAAAAAUCAUACUAUACAAAGAAACAAAAUAACUUGAAUUAUAGAUCUAAUCAUGUCUUUUAAAAAUGCCAUUUUGUAAUGAACAGGUGACAAACGCAACUGAUCAUGUGAGACUGGGUAACGAUGCUCUCCAAACUGCAAAAAGUUUGCAAAAGAAGUCAAGAAAAUGCAUGAUGAUUUCCAUUAUAUUGCUCUUGGUCAUUGCCCUCAUCAUCGUACUCGCUGUUUUGGAACCAUGGAAGAAGUAACUAGAAGAAGAGAGGAAAGUAAUUUUAUUGCUUAGAUAUAAAGAACUUAAAUGUAGAUAUUCACAUUUAAUUUUCUUCGAAUGAAAAUGAAAACCCUCAACUGUUAUAGUAGUUACUUCGAUUGUAGUACUUCUA